AUGCACUAUCACCAUGCAAAUUUCCACUCUCUACUGCAAGGCGCUUUGGCAUCGCCUAUUGCCGAACCGGCUGCAGAGGUUGAGACUCGAGACAUGGACCCUAGUGUCCCGAAUUUCGGUGACUUUCCCUGGCCCCACAAUGCCGGCCCUCCGUCAAGUAACUAA